CUUUCUAAGAAUUAUUUACAAAUGCAAAAAACAUGGUAUAAAUGUAAAUUAGAGCAUAGAAAGAACAAAGAAAAUUGCCUUUUGUCUUCUUUUUUGCAUUUUUUGAUUCCCUCUAUUCAAUCUACCCUCUGCAACUUCAGAUCUCUGUUAAACGUAGAAGCUUCAUAUAAAAAAAAAAAUUCCAAUUCAAUCAACUGGAAAACAGAGCUAAAAAAGGGGAAAAAAACAGAGAUGGGACUCAAAAACGGAGCAGAAGAAGAGAACUGUUCAAUGAACGAAGCUUUGCUGUUUGCUACCAUGUGCAUCAUUGGUCUGCCAGUGGAUGUGCACUUGAAAGAUGGCUCUGUUUACUCUGGAAUCUUCCACACUGCUUCUGUUGAAAAGGAAUUUGGUAUUGUUCUGAAGAAAGCAAAAUUGACUAAAAAGGGGAGAUGUGCCACCAAUGUUGCAAAUGGCAGUGUAGUGGAGACACUUGUAAUCCUCGCUGGUGAUCUUGUUCAAGUUGUUGCUAAGGGAGUCCCACUUCCUUUUGAUGGUUUUUCUGGAAAUAUAGCUCAUGGUAAUGGAGAAGCUGCUUUUCAAAUUCAACCUUCUUCUGCCAAUCCACUGAAUGGGGCCAAGAAAUUCAAUAAGUUUACCAUGGAUAAAAGAAAAAGUUAUAGGAAAAGAAAUUCAUUCCAAAAUGAGAAUGGUUUUGCUGAUGGUUUUAUACCCACAAAAGCUGGAAAGGAACAUGAAGGUCAAAAUCCUAUGGGAAAUUCAAAGGGAGUUGAGUAUCAGAAACAAGAUGAUACAAACAUCGAACAGGACAAAGAUGCUUUUGGUGCCACUAUAGCUGGGAGACAGGUUGGAGAUGAUAUGUCACAACUUUUGCAGGAUGAAUGUGACCGAAAGUUUGAUUUUCAUGUGGAAGAGGGUGCCAAGGAAGUUCAACACUCAGUUUCAAGCCGCGAGUCAUCUGCUCUUGAUACUUUUAAGCCAGUGGAUGCCUGCCUUACUCAAGUAAAACCUGAUGAGGAAGGAAACACCGAGAUGACAACUAAGUUGUUGCUUAGUGGAGCACCUCAUGAUACUCCAAUGGAUGGUAAACUUGACAAUCAAUGCUGUGAAAAGCCAACUGCAACAGAAAUUUACCAAGAUGCUGUUUGUUCUGGAGUUUCAACUUCUACUAGUCCAGUUACUGAUGUUCCCUCAGAAUCAUGCCAGAGUUCAUUUGCUACUCCAACUGCCAUAGUCCCUCCACAAAGUUCAGAAUCAAAUAAAAACUACAAGGAAUUUAAGCUUAAUCCAGGAGCAAAAAUUUUCUCUCCAUCUUAUGCAAGUGCCAUAUCGGCGGCUCCUCCAAUAGUACCAGCAGUAGCAAAUGUGUCUUACAUACCAGGAAACUCUCCUAUGGUAGCUCUUGCUGGUUCUCAGCCAGAUGUUGAGAUCAGCACUUUUGCACCUCGUACAUCUGCUUCUUCUAAGUUUGUCUCUUAUGGCAAUGUAACAGCUGCAACUGGUGUCAGUGGUUCUCAAUUUUCCCAACCCAUUGUUGGGCAGAUGGGGAGUAGAACGCAGCCACUUAGAUAUGCUGGUCAAUAUCAUCCUGUUCAGGCUGCACCAGCAUAUUUGACUCCAAAUUCUCAAGCUGUUAUGUUUGGACGAUUGGGACAGCUUAUUUGUGUGCCUGUUUCUCAUGAUUUGGUUCAGGGUGCAGCAGCUAUCUCUCCAGUACCUGCACGUCCUCCUUUGACUCCGCAUCAUGUCCAAUUGCCAAAACACCAAGGAAGUGCACCAGGCCAAGCAUUGCAGCUUUGUGUACCUCAACCUUUCAUUGCCGGUGGACAGCAACCAUUGGCAGUGCCAAGCCACGUUCCAUAUAUGCAGCCUCCCUUCCCUGCUAAUCGUCCCAUACAAGUCCCAGGAUCUAGUGGUCUCUUUAGCACAAAGCUUCCAUGAAAAUAUGUUACUUUGUUAGUAUUACCCUUUGUUUCAGUUUGUUUGAAGAUAAUAAAAAUUUUGGCCUAUAAAGUUUCAUUUUUUGAGAGCAUCCAGCCUUGAGUCAGUUUCAUUGUUUUAUCAUCAUUCAAGGGUUAUUCCUUUUUCCAUUCUUUCUGGUUAAUUGAUGAUGAAAAACAUGAUAUAUUCUGUACUAAAAACG